AUGGCGAGGGAUGACGUGGAGCUCGGCUUCGCGGACAAGGACCUGCCGGCUGGCUGGAGGGCCCUCCGGCGCAAGUGUGGCGUCGACGUCAUCGAGCUCAUGUAUCUCAGCCACAGGUUCCUCGGCCGCCUUGAUGCUCACCGUGCGCUGCCGCUGACGCUGUUGACGCCACCAGCGUCAUGCAAGCUGAAGUUGUGGGUGCCGCUGCAGCACGGGCUGCUGAUACUACAGCUUUUGUCGAACCCGCCAUGA